AGUAGUCUCGCUGCGUUAUCCCGGUGCGUGCCGCGUGCGGGAGACGCGUGAGUGCGAAUUGAGUGAGUCUGAAGUCUAGGUGAGCGAAACCCCAACGCUCCCCGCCGCCGCCAUCCCCGCCGAUGGCAGUCGCCGAUCCCUCCGAUCUCCACCGCCAGGUCCAGGGCCCCCAGCGCACCCGCCGCCGUUGGGUCACCCUGGCGAUCCUCGCCGGCCUCGCGGUCAACCUCGCGCUCUGCGUCCGCCGCGCCGGCGGGGAGGACCGCGGCGCGCUCGCCUUCAUCGGCUUCUCCCACCUCAACCUGCUCCUCCUCUUCGGCGCCCUCCGCCGCUUCGAGGCCUCCCCGGCCGACGGGUCCCCGGCGCGCGGCCGUGCCAGGCUCGCCGUGUGGCUGCUCACAGCGACGCUCACGGCGGCCUUCACGUGGCGGAUCGGCGAGAUGGUGCCCCUGCGCUUCGCCGCCGCGGCGUGGAUCAUGGCGGCCGCCACCGUCCUCGGCGGAUUCUACAUGCUGUUCCUCCACGGCGACAAGAAGUGAUCGAGAUCUAUGCGAGAGCGAAUGAGUGAUGCGCCCAGUGGAUACAGCCUACAGGCUCAGCUAUGUGAAUGUACAAAUAAAAGUCUAUGGAUCCGACCUAUGAGGAUCGGAGGAUUUGCAGGUACCUCCCGUCCCGUCUGAUUCCUAGCCUUUGCAUUCUGUUGAUUUCGCCUGAUGAAGCAAAAUCUUUCCGUCGCUUUCACCCUUCGCGAUUUUAUCAGACAGUAUAGGUAAGCUGAGAUGUGCGAGCUCCACUUGAACAGAUGCAAAGCGGCAGACUGGGAAUUGGUCCUCUUCUUUUGGCCAUCCGACUUAAUUAAACCGGAGCCCUUGAUGUAUCGCCGUUCAAGUGAUUGCAGGUCGCAGCACGCCGGCAGCAGUGAAGUUUGUUUGCAGGAGGUGGAGACGGGGAGAUCUUGAUCUUGCUGCCGCCCUUGCUCUUUCAGAGCUGUCACUACCAAUUCGCAAGUCUCCAUGUCCUUCCUGGUACUUUAGGAAUCGAACAGCUAGGAAACUGUAGCACCAACGCUUCGCUAGCUGAUUCUGCUGGCUGCCUAAUAAUAAGGUACUAUCAUGUGUUGUAUACUACGCGUGUAGAUAUACUACACGAUGGCCAUUUUUGUGAGGAGGUGGAUUGCUUGUAAUCCAGCUGGCUAGCUGACGAUCCAACCAAAAAAAUCUCCUAGCUGGUUCAACUCAUAUGGCCUGAUGGAACAUCUCUGGAACGAGUUCACUGCAUGCUAUCUGAUUAUUACUUGUAAAUUAAACAGCGGGAAUACAGAUAGAAUCAUAGAA